UUUUCCCCUAUCGACUCCAUCAUAGCCGGAAAUGACGUCACAUAUCGUGCGAUAAUAAUAUUGUUAUUGUUAGCUUGCUAGCUCGCGAGAUGGCGACAUGACAGCGUAAUAACGACGUCUUAUUACACGUCUAUCCUAAGGUUAUUACCAGCGUUCAUCUGAUUUUGGCGAUGGAGAACGGAAACAGGUCUGAUGCUGCAUCCACAUCCAAGAACCACACAGGCACUCUACACCUACAGAUUCUUUCCCCCUUGUUCAGUUCCAAAAAAUGAAGACAAUUAUGAAAUAGCCAUGCCGCUGGAGGAAAACAACUUUGAACAGCAAGGAUUUUUCAACCAAAGUGACCAUAAUUUUGAAGAGUCGCCGCCAUCUGCUGGCCCUUCUCACGUCAACAGCUCCUACAUGGUGAUCACCAACCUGCGGACACAGCUGCAGAUUUCUCUGGAGAAAAACUCCUGGCUUCAGAAAAGAAUUGAAGAUCUGGAAGAGGAGCGGGAUUUCCUGCGGUGCCAGCUUGACUGCUUCAUCUCGUCCACAAAGAGCCAGCGACAAGAUCAGGGCCAGUACAGUAACGGUUACGAGUCAAGACGAUUCUCUUGGAGGGGAAGAAGAGAGGAUGAGCGUCCUGCUGAGCAACAGAGGAUGGACUCAGCCCACUUACCCUCUCGCCAGUUUCUCCAACGAAGGCCUGCUGCUCCAUCUGCGGCUCCCUCCAAAAACCACAUUUCCAAUCCAAUCAGCAAUCAGAUGGCCUCCAUGAAUGCACUGCUCACCUCGGCACAAUCCGUGGCCCUCCUGCAAGGUCUCACUUCUGCUGGGAAUUCAGCCGGUGGCAGCGGCACCAACAGUGCUCCAAGACCACUGAUGAACGACUUGAAUGGCAAUCGAAAUUUAGCUCCAGAUUCGCUUCCACUCUUGGGAGAGUCAGAUGAGUACUUGGAGCAUGAUGGCUACCUAGAAGAGGAGGAAAUGAUAUCAGCAGAGGGUGCCAUGCAAGAUCCCAUUAACAGCAACAAACAACAAGUCAAGAGAAGGCGGAUCCGAGGCCUUCGAGAGAGGCAGAGAGUAAAAGAUGCUGCCGGAGUGCUUUUCCGCUACAAAAAGAUCCUCAUCACAUACCAACGUCUGAAAAACAUGUCCAAGGCAUUUCAAAUCCACGGUGUGGACCGCAACACGGUGGCUUCCACCACACCCAUCGCCGAGCUCCUCCUGGUGGCUCCUGAGAAGGUAGCGGUGGUGGGAGAGUUUGACCCGUCCAAAGAAAAGCUUCUGGACUACGCUCGCCGCUGCUACACGGCGCUGGACGAGGAGACGCUGAGUAGGGUGCAAGCCCUGAAGAAGAACAACCUGCUCCUGCCCAUUGCCUACAGGUUCAGACACUGACACAAAAACCAUGUCAAUGACAAGUGGAGUAGACGGAAGGAAGUCCACAGCCAUUGAGAAGGAUUUUGUUCUCUUAGGCCUGAUUUACUAAGCCCCUCCACACCAAGCGGCUUGGUGGAACGCAACUGACUGGACAAUCGCGACUCACACCUGUACACCUAUAUACAAUCUAUGUAUACACUGAACAAAAAUAUAAACGCAACACUUUUGUUUUUGCUCCCAUUUUUCUGGAGCUGGACUCAAAGAUCUAAAACUUUUUCUACAUACACAAAAGGACAUUUCCCUCAAAUAUUGUUCACAAAUCUGUGUUAGUGAGCAUUUCUCCUUUGUCGAGAUAAUCCAUCCCAACUCACAGGUGUGCCAUAGCAAGAUGCUGAUCGGACAGCAUGAUUUUUUGCACAUGAUCAUGCACAUGUAUUGCACAUGAUCAUGAUAUAGCUACACAAGCCAGGGCGGAUUGCCCUGGCUUGUGUAGCUAUAUCAUGAUAAUACAAAGAGUGGAAAUGGGUGAGAAAUAAAGGAGAGGGUGUGGAUAUUUAAGAGGCUGUUGGCAUUGCCCCAUUUAUUGAUUGCACUUGAGUAUUUCAUCGACAGACUCUCCACCCUUCGCUUUUAACCACGAGUUCAUAUGAAGUUAGAAAUGUCAUUUUGUUGUGAAAUCACACGUGUUACGACAUCGCAUUUCUAAAUGACAUUGGAACACCUUUCACCUGCAAUUCCAAUUUCGAAUCGCAGGAAACCUAGUGGCCGAUGGUCAGCCUUUCAUGAAAGUUGUUCCAGAACCCUGCACACCGCAUGACAGUCAGUCACGUCUCGGUCGUGUCGCUCUGUGUGGCAGGCCUAAAGGUUUGUGCCUGUAAAAAUAGGCAAAAACUUGAUUGUGUAUGCUAACAGAUCACUAUCACUUCAAACAUCAUUUUGCAUUUGCGGUGCUAUAGAAAAGGUUCCAUGGUGAAAAUCAUCAGAGCUACCUAAAGUGCAAAACGCUCCUUUAAAUAGGGCGGUCUUCUUUUACACCUGCGGUGUAAAUCUAUUGAAUUUAAAUCUAGUAAAUCUAGUGAAUUUAGCCUCCGCUUUUCUGGGAUCUUAGUAAGUCAGCCCCCUGGUGUGGCGAAACCUUUUUUUCCCUUCAGAAAAACUUGUUCGUGACUAAGAUUUUUUUAUCUGUGCAAUAAAAUGUGACUAUUA